UUCAUAUUUGGGAUUCAUCAUGCUAAGAGAAACUGUUCUGCUGAGUUGUCUUGCACUGGGACUCUGUGCAGCGGCUGACUGUAAUACAACUACCCAUGACCUACACAAAAAUCUUAAUUUGAAGAGACAUCAUGCCAAGAUGAAAAUUAUUGGCCAGAGCUGCAAGGAAAUUAAAGACACACACAAUGGUACAAUGGAAGAUGGCAUUUACUACCUUAUCACUGAGAGUGGUGUCGUCUACCAGACAUUCUGUGACAUGACCACAGCGGGUGGAGGCUGGACCCUGGUGGCCAGUAUUCAUGAAAACGACAUCAUGGGAAAAUGCACCAGGGGUGACCGCUGGUCAAGUGAAAAUGGAGAUGAUCCCAGGAAACCAGAGGGGGACAAGACCUGGGCCAAUAGGGUUAUCUUUGGAACCGCAGAGGGUGCCACUGAUGACGAUUACAAGAAUCCUGGGUACUAUGACAUUAAAGCUAAGGAUGUCUCUGUCUGGCAUGUACCAAAUAAUGAGGAACCUGGACUUUGGUCCAAAUCCUCUUUCCUGCGCUACCACACAGACACACAUUUCCUUGAGAAAUAUGAAGGAAAUCUUUUCAAUUUAUUCAAGCUCCAUCCUGUGAAGCAAGGCAUGGGGGAAUGCAAUGAUGGCAGUGGAAUUCCAAUCCCUAUUGUCUAUGAUGAAGGGGAUAAGGAAUCUACAAGCGAGCUCUAUGGAUCUGCAGUAAGAGACGAAUUUGAACCUGGCUUCGUUACCUUCAGUGUAUUCAACAAUGACAGAGCACCUAUGGCCAUCUGUUCUGGCAUCAAGCCCACUGGAUGCCAGCCUCAAUAUUACUGUAUUGGUGGAGGGGGUUAUUAUCCAACAGGCACAUUAGUUCUGUGUGGGGACUUCAAUGCCUUUGACUGGACGAUAUUUGGCGGGUCUGGGAACCACAAGGCAGCACAGAAGAUGAUAGAUGCAUCCAUGCUUUUAUUCUACCGCUGAAACAACAGAUUGAAUUGUGCACUGAUACAACUACAUAUUUAAAUAAAAUACAAUAUAAUCUA